CUCAGCGCAGGGAUGUGGCAAAGGUGGUCGCUCUCGGAUGCUUGUCGAGUAGGAACUUCAAACGUUCCGCUCACGAAUGGUGACACUUUCCGACUAGUUUUGUGCCCCUCCUUCCCUCAUCCAACAACCCAGUUCAAACCCCUCCAACCGCCGUCGUCGGACAAGGGCGAAGCCGGGCGCCUCCAAUCAACGUAAUAAUCCCACGAUUUCUCUCCUCCCUCCCUCCCCCUCCCCCUUCCCUCCUUCUCUUACUACCCCAUCUUCUCGGUUCGGCCUUAGCUUCGUUCAACACAAAGAACUCCUCCCUCUCCCCCCCCCCUCCGUCGACAAACCAAGCUUGCCUCCUAAUACCUAUUUUGCACUCUUAUUUGCCUUUUAUUAGUUGGUCGAAGCACCUUUGCAACCAGAACCCCACUUUUUGCGAAAAGAAAAGGAGAGGAUGGCUACUACCGCUACCAGCUCGACGACACCUACUUCUUCCCCUUCCGCCUCUUCUCUCCCCGCUCUUACUGUUAAUGGCUCCUCGCCGACUACUGGGCCCGGGGAUACCGGUGGAAUAAGAGCGGAACUCCGAAAGAACAUGUUGAAGAAACUCAGGCCGUACCCGUUGAGGCAUGAAUGGGUCUUUUGGCACGAUAGGAACUCAAAUACGAACGAGGAGGAGUGGGAAGAUCAGUUGAAGGAGAUUGCAGGGAUUAGUACUGUUCAGACAUUCUGGCAGGUCUAUAAUAAUACCCCGUUCACUACACUUCCGCUAAGGGACUCGCUGCACUUGUUCAAGAAGAACGUGAAGCCUAUCUGGGAGGACCCGAGAAAUAAGAAUGGAGGUGCCUGGACAUUCCGGGUUCCCAAAUCCAACUCACAAGAAUUCUGGAAAGAGAUUCUAAUGAUGGCUAUUGGUGAGGUCUUGCAGGAGGUCGUCCAUAAGGGCGAUGACAUCUGCGGAGUUUCCAUUAGUGUCCGGUUCAAUUCUCACCUCAUCAUGAUCUGGAACCGCGACUCCAACAAUCAGGAGAGUGUUGAUGCUAUCCGCGAUAGAGCCUUGGAAUCCAUUCCGGAAGAGCUUCGACCUGCGCCUCAGAAUUACUACUAUAAGAAGCACUCGUCUCACAAAUUCUUUAAAGGGGACGGUGCUGGGGGUGAAUCUGCCUCGUCUUCAUCCUCAAUCCCAGCAGCCCCACAGCCGGCACCCCCGUCCUGAGCUAUUUGUUUACAGCUUGUGGUUUUUUGGUCUGGAUGGGUGAUUGUUUCGUUUUUCUCUUGCGUAUGUCAUGGUGAGUUUAGGUGAUUGUCGACUCGUUUGAGGUUGCAUUCAUAGUUAUUGGAAAAAGCUAGUAUGUUGGCACCUAUGUGUUGGCAGAGUUUAAAUGGAUACCGUGGGAGUAAAAAUUGAAAAACACA